AUGGAAUCAGCCUCGACAAAUCAACAUGAUGUUCCCAUUCAAAUAUCAAUCUCGGAUAUUACUACAAUCGAGCGCGAGACACAAGAUUCACCAAUCAUCAAGUUGAAAGUUACCUUGAGUAACCCAUCAGAUGAAGCUAUCUCCUUUCUCAGAUGGUCUACUCCUUUUGACCUACGAGCUGUUCCUAUGGGAAUUUUUGAAUUCAAAUCAUUGACCACUGGAGAUUUGGCUCCAUGUUUGGGAUUGAAACUUAAUCGAAAGAUGCCACGAGAAGGUGUAUUUUCGGAUGAUGAUAUAAUUACUAUCGCUGCUGGAGCUAAAGAAACAAAGGAGAUUGAGAUAAAAGCUCCGGAAGUUGUAUUGAAGAGUGGAGAGAAGUAUGUGGUGAAAUCGAAGGGUUAUUGGAUGCAUGUUUUGGUUGGGGAUAGGGAAGAAGCAAAGAAGACAGAAGCCAAUGUUUUGAGAGAGGAUUAUGAAAGUGAAGGGGUGGAAUUUGAAGUAUAA